UGUUUCCUUCACGCGCUGCGCACGCUAAUGCUGUGUUAGCUCGGUGAGCGAAUACACGGUGUGUGUAUGUGUGUUUACUGGCGUUAAACUCGGUGAUGUGUGUGUGAGUUUCCGCAGUGUUCAGUCACGUUCGGUGGCUUCUGGCUGAGAGGAUCAUGUCUGUGUUGGGGAGGUUAUUAAACACCGGAGUGUCCCUGUGGAGAAGCUCCAUGCAGCUCUGCACCUCACACCUGCACACAGGAGCAUGUUUACGUGUGCGGAUGCACGCCAUCCCGACCCUGAAGCAGGUGGACCGGUGGACAGAGAAGAGGAGCAUGUUUGGUGUCUAUGACAACAUCGGCAUUCUGGGUGAUUUUAAAGCCCACCCUAAAGAGUUGAUUAAGGGGCCCGUGUGGCUGCGUGGUUUCCGUGGUAACGAGUACCAGCGGCUGACACGCAAGAAGAGGCUGGUGGGAGAUCGCAUGAUGACAGAGGAUAAACUGCAGCUGGAGAAGAGACUGCGCUUCCUGUACCGUCGUUUUAACCGCUAUGGCAAACACAGAUAGACCUACUCUCUCUCUCUAAAUGUGUGUGUGU